GGGCGCGCGGAGGGACAGGGCUUGCGGCGGGCGGGCGCGCGCUCUGCACGUGUCUAACGGUUUCCAACGAAAGAAAAAGGCGCCGAAGAGGUGGUUGAGAACGAUUGAUUCAGAAUGACUGCUGGAAAAGCUGUAAUUGGAAAAUUGGCUCCUGAUUUUGAUGCCACUGCUGUGAUGCCUAAUGGACAAUUUGAACAACUUAAGCUAUCUAAAUACAGAGGCAAAUAUGUAGUCUUCUUUUUCUACCCACUUGAUUUCUCCUAUGUGUGUCCAACUGAGAUUAUUGCUUUUAGCGAUCGUGUGGACGAUUUCAACAAGGUUAACUGUGAAAUAAUUGCUGCUUCUACAGAUUCUCAUUUUGCUCAUUUAGCUUGGAUCAACACCCCAAGAAAGCAAGGAGGACUUGGUCCAACAAAAAUCCCUUUAGUAUCAGAUCUUCGUCACACAAUCUGCAUAGAUUAUGGUAUCUUAAAGGAGGAUGAAGGAAUUGCUUUCAGAGGUUUGUUCAUCAUUGAUGGUGCUGGUAUAUUGCGUCAGAUCAUGAUCAAUGAUUUGCCUGUUGGACGUUCAGUGGAUGAAGUUAUGAGGUUGGUUCAAGCAUUCCAAUUUACAGAUGAACAUGGAGAAGUUUGCCCUGCUAAUUGGAAACCUGGUGGCGAAACAAUAACACCUGAUGUAGAAAAGAGCAAGAACUACUUUUCAAAGCAGAAAUAGUUUAUCUUCCUUUUGAUGUUGAAUGUAACAUGUGGCACAUUAGUUAGUUAUAUAUGUGUCUGAAAAAGGUUGCUUUUAGUGAGGAUAUUUUGGUGAUUUUUGCUGAGACUAAUACUGAUUGAAGAGAGGGUAUGUUAUAAGCAUCAAAAUAAUCUGCAUAGAACUGCUUGAAGAGAACAUUGUUGGGGAUAAGUAAGCAUGGAGUCAAUGUAAUCAAUUUACCCACCACCCAUUUUCUAUUGUUUUCUUUCAAUUCACAGAAAAUUGUGAGGUUCUGAGUUUAUGUAGCUAAUCUCCAUGCCUGAUUUUCAAUUGUUACUCGUGUUGAGAGAUGCUAUGCAUCAGAA